AUGCAGCUUCUCACACUUCUUGCUUGCCUGAUCGGCAGUCUGCACUAUGCAGAAGCUGCCGGAAAGACGCACAUCUAUAUUGACCAAGUACCCAUCUACACGAAGCUCGCAUCAUGCGCACAGGACCGGAUCAGUGCGAUCGUGCGCGCCCAAGCCUCUGGAUGUGGAGACGACACACAAUUGACAUCUUUCGCCUGCUUCUGCAUUGACUCAAGUCGCCAGUUCGCGUCAAUCAUAUCGACAGCUGUUGAAAAUCAGUGCAGCAGUGCCGCAACUGAGGCCGCAUUGACGGCAAGACAUGCUGUUGUGCAAACACCAGUACACCAUGUCAGGGCGAGAGCUACAGUCACUCCUGCGCCCACAUCCACAGGAGCUGUUGCAGGGGAUGUUCAGAGUGCUCUGGAAGCGUUCGAUAGCUAUUGCGCAAAGAGCACGGAGUUGACCAGAUUCCAACAGUCGGCCACAGGCAGCAUUACGGAGGCGCCUAAGACCGUCUUCGUCACACCAUCUUCGUCGUCAUCUGCGGCUGCAUCGUCAUCGGCAGCUGCAGACGCAUCGGAGAAGAAGAACAGCACACCAGUCGCGGCGAUUGUCGUGCCCCUGAUCCUCAUUCCCCUCGCCUUAGGUGUUGCGCUAUGGUUCUUCUUGCGAUACCGUCGGCAGCAGCGCGACUUCGGCAAUAAGCUGCAGGACCUGCAAGCCGAUACUGCAGUCGCCCGAACCUAUCCCGUCGCGAUUGGCGAUCAAAAAAUGCCCCCGCAAUAUGGAACCGAGCUGUACGCCGCACAACACAGAUUCGAGAUGCCACUGAACCAGAACCCUGCAGUGGAGCUGGAUGCAGGAGCAGGAUGGACACCCAAGAAGGACGAGAAAUUGGGCUCGAUAUGA